UAAUUAAGCUCUUUCACUCGCCGUCACUUACACACACACAAAUACACUUACUGUGUGCCGCAUUUUCUCCUGAUUUACUCUCUCUCUCCGCCGGCACCUGGAAGAGACUGUAGGCGCGUAGUAUGCACGCCUGAUUCGAUCGUUGUAGACCUAGGUUUUUUUUUUUUUUUUUUUUAAUUUAAAAAAAAAAUUAGUGAUUUGAUUAUUUGAUCGAUCGAUUUUUGGGGGAAUUGAAUUUGAUGGCGUCUGAGGAUGUAAAGGCGAGCGAUUCGGCUGUGUCGAAGAUUGUGAAUUUAGCGGAGGAGGCGAAGCUCGCCAAGGAAGAAAUCAAGCCUACUAGAUUUCAAGUUUACAGUGUUUGCAAGUCUCUUUUCGCCGGUGGUGUCGCCGGAGGAGUGUCACGAACUGCUGUAGCUCCAUUGGAGCGUUUAAAAAUUCUGCUCCAGGUUCAAAAUCCACACAAUAUAAAAUACAGUGGUACAGUUCAAGGCUUGAAGUAUAUUUAUAGAACUGAAGGCUUUAAAGGAUUGUUUAAAGGCAAUGGCACUAAUUGUGCUCGUAUUGUCCCAAAUUCGGCAGUAAAGUUCUUCAGCUAUGAGCAGGCAUCCAAGGGCAUAUUAUACUUGUACCGUCAGCAAACUGGUGAUGAGGAUGCUCAGCUGACUCCUUUGCUACGUCUGGGUGCGGGAGCAUGUGCUGGGAUAAUUGCCAUGUCAGCCACAUAUCCAAUGGAUAUGGUUAGAGGCAGACUUACUGUACAGACCGAUAAGUCCCCUUAUCAGUACAGAGGAAUGUUUCAUGCUUUAUCAACUGUUCUUCGUGAGGAAGGCUUCCGCGCUCUGUACAAGGGUUGGCUUCCAUCUGUUAUUGGAGUCGUACCGUAUGUGGGUCUGAACUUUGCUGUGUACGAAUCUCUUAAAGAUUGGUUAAUCAAAUCUAAGCAAUUUGGUCUAGUCGAAGACAAUGAAUUGGGUGUCAUAACGAGGCUUGCAUGUGGGGCCGCAGCUGGUACAGUUGGUCAAACUAUUGCGUACCCACUCGAUGUGAUUCGUCGAAGAAUGCAAAUGGUGGGGUGGAGUCAUGCAUCUUCGAUUCUCACUGGUGAUGGUAGAAGCAAUGCCCCACUUCAAUAUACUGGCAUGGUUGAUGCUUUCAGGAAAACCGUUCGGCACGAAGGUUUCAGAGCAUUGUACAAGGGACUAGUCCCCAAUUCUGUCAAGGUUGUGCCAUCAAUAGCAAUUGCAUUCGUGACGUACGAACAAGUGAAAGAGUUACUAGGCGUGGAGAUUAGAAUAUCCGAUUGAUGCAGAGGGAGAGAGAUUUUUUUGUAGGCAAGAAGAGGAAGAAGGUAUUUAUUCAUACAAUAAAAUAUUACCUAUUCUGCACAGAGAGAGAAAAUUGGAAACUAUCCUUAAUUCAUCUCUGUUUAUAUGUUUUUUUUUUCUUCGUCUCGAUUCGGAAUUAUUAGCUAUUAGUCGAAAUCGCUUUCUUCAAUAAGUAAUAGCAAAGAAUAAUAAUGCAGUAACAAUAAGUCUUUUAUUUAAGGUUUUGGUGUG